AUGAUAUGUAGAAUGCAUCAGGAAUGGGAUUUGAGAUGGAAUUUGAUGAGUAGAGGUAGCACUCAGGAAGUAGUUCUAGUGCAGGUAGUGGGAAAGAAAUCUGAUAUCUCAAAUAGCAGAGCUUAGCCUUAAAUUAAGUCCUAAAGUAUAUCAAAUGGAAAUGAGAAUCAGAAUUAAAAGUUAUAAUAUGCAGAAGUCAUUAAGAUUCACAUUCCUUUAAAAUAUAGAGAAAUUGAUGAUUUUGAUGAUAGUUAUUCCGAUACUGAAUCAGAAGGGUCAUAUAAAUUAAAACAGAAUAUCCUAUAUUCCUUAACUCUUCAGGAAAUGCUCUUCAAUCAAGGGAUUAUUUAAUAAGAAGAAUCGAGACUAAUUGGCCAAUCACUAUGUGAAUCUGAGUAUUUAUCAGAUGGAUUGAUAAAUGAUCUCAAUAGCAGCGAAGAAUUAUCCUAGGGAGGAAGUAUUUAAUUCUCGGAUGAAAAAGAUUUUUAAGUUAAGGAUGAGCAGCAAAGUAUAUAAGAUUUCUUUGGGAAAGGAGUUGCAGUGGCUGCUAUUGCUUAAAAGAUUUAGUCUAAGGGGAAAAAAUUCCUAAAGCAAGCUACUGUCUUUAAUGAAGCUGAUAAUUCACUCAAUGUUUCAUCGGCUAAUAAUAGUCUGAUAGUUUCAAAUAAUCAAAGUCUCUUAUAAUCUGAAUAUCUAACAAACAAAUAUGAUAGGUUAUUAAAUAUCAAUGAGACAUUGUUUGUUCAGCCCACUAAACUAAUCAAUGAUAUUUUAAAAAUUGAGGAAAAUGAUCUCCUUUAGGAAUAAAAUACUUGCUAAGUAGGAGGAUUGAAUUAGACUUUAAUUCUUAGUGAUAAUGAUGAGGAAUCUAAUUUUCUUCUUGAUAAGUAAAGUCAAGUCAUGGAUUAGAUGCUGUAUAUGGGAAAACUUUGA